AUGGUAGAGCCACGGAGUCGUCCUGAGCAGGCUGAGACCCCAGACCUCUCGCCGCCGUCGCAUCCUCGCCUCGAUGGGCCUGGCAUAGCGUCCUCGCCCUCGUCCGCGCCCCAGCUGGCCCUGCAGAUAUGUCCGCAGACAGCAGAGACCGCAGAGACAGCAGAGAGAGCGCGAGAUGCUUCAGCGCCGUUGGCGCCGAUAGUCGACAUGAGCCCGGCAACGCCACGGACGCCGGUUCUGCAGCUUCGCACCGAUAUCCCGUCAGUCCACCACCAGCCUCACAGACAUCUGCGCGGAGACGUCCACGGAGAGCAUCUGGGAGACGCUCAGAGUGACGCUCACGGGUAUGGCCAUGGGUAUGGCCAUGGGGACUACGGACAGCUGGGGAGCAGCUUCGAGCACCAUAUCCAUCUGAGCCGGUCGACGGCGAGCUUGCCGCGCAGAAUCCCCAGCAUCCGCCAUGCGCUGGCGGAAGUGCAUUCGAGUGCUGGCUCUCUCUCUCCUGGCUCAGCAUUCUCCUCGCCGCAGCUCGCUGGGUUGACUGAUAUCACGCCGCUGCCGUCGCCGCUGCAGCUGGCAUCGCCACCAUGGGGUUCGGCAAGCACCUUUUCCCUGUCGCGCGUUUCAUCUACGGCCUCGAACCGGGAGCUACAUCCUACAUCGCGUCCUCGGCCGGUCCAGACAGCAGCAGGAGUAGGAGUAGGAAUAGGAAUAGGAAUAGGAGGUGUAGGAGGACUAGGAGGAGGAGGAGGACCGGCGUCUCCAGAGAUCAUCAAUCCGUCCCAGCUCUCUGCCCCGAAGCGCGAUCAUCGACAUACCCGCAACAGGAGUCUGAGCGAGUACGUCCCGCCAGCACUCCAGGUCCAUCCAAACCGCAAGGCUGCUGCGUCCGAGGCCACUCCGCCGAGAGACAGAGGCGUCUCUCGCGAUGGGCGGACCAGGCCGAAUCUGCAGCGGGAGGAGUAUCUGGCUGCGCAGCGCGGUAUAUCUGCUCUACCGCCGCCGCUUCCCACUCCACCAUCCGCCCAUGACCUCUCUUCCGGGAUACUGGACAAUACGGUCUACGAUGUGCAGUCGAUCCGGUCGAAACAGCCGCGGAGAUACCGCUGGCAGAGCCUGCUCGGACAGGGAGCCUUCAGUCAGGUUGUCCUCGCUGCCAGGGAGGAAGACGGGACUGAUAAACCACACCCCCGUCGCCUGGUGGCAGUCAAGAUCGUCGAAUAUGGACCGGCCGGCGGAGCUGACGAGGAGCGCGUCGAGGUGUCUCUAAACCGAGAGGUGGACAUACUCAAAUCUAUAGACCACCCGUCCAUCGUCCAGCUCAAGGCGUUCGGAAGCGACAAGAAGAGAGCGUUGCUCGUCUUGGAUUACUGCCCGGGAGGCGACCUGUUUGAAUUCGCCAGCAAGCGCAUGAAGCGUAUCGAGCCGCCGCUCAUCGAGAGAAUCUUCUCCGAGCUUGUGGACGCUGUGAGGUAUUUGCAUAAAAACCACAUCGUGCAUCGUGACAUCAAGCUGGAGAACGUGCUUUUAAACAUCCCCUUUGCAAUGUUGCAGGAUAUCCCCGAUUGGCGCCUCUACCCUCGGGCAGUAAUCACGCUGACGGACCUGGGCCUGUCACGUCGCAUCCCACAGCCUCCAGAGAGCCCUCUCCUGCGCACCCGGUGUGGAAGCGAGGACUACGCUGCCCCCGAGAUCCUCAUGGGUCAGCCCUACGACGGCCGCUCAACUGAUGCCUGGGCGCUGGGUGUUCUCCUAUACGCAAUAAUGGAGAACCGACUGCCCUUUGACCCCCUUCCAGGGACCAGAGGCGACCCUGCAAAGCUCCGGGCCCGUACGCCGCACCGCAUCGCCCGCUGCGAGUGGAGCUGGUACCGAUAUGCCGAUGCAGACGGGGACUGGGACCCUGUGAAGGGGAAAGAACUUGAAGGCGCCCGACGCUGUGUCGAGGCGCUGUUGAAACGAGGUAGCAAACGUAUGCAUCUUGACGACGUCGCGGACAUGGAAUGGGUUAGGGAUGCGAUUACGGCUGAUGUCCAGCCCUUGAAACGGGGUGAUAUCGAGAUCGCGUUAUCCAUUUUCUGGCGUGGAGAGAACGAGAAACAUCUCCGGUCUACUCCAGAGAGCUAUCACGAAACACCAUCCGCUGGAGAUUCGACGUGCGAUGCUUCGUGUACGCUGUGGAGGGCGUCUGACCUCCGGGAGUCUUCUCUCGCCUCUGCUAUCGUGUGUAUCUCCUUCAUCUGGCAUGGGUGUAGCUACAGAGCUACCCUUGUCCAUGCUGCUCCUAUCGCUAACGACGAAGACAGCCAAACCACACGGUCCCGGAACGCAUCCUCCUCGUCCUCCUCGAAACCGGCCAGAGAGCUAAAUAGCGUCUCGAAAAAUGUCACGCAGCCCAUCUCGCAGGGCGCCUCGCAGGCUAUGCUCUAUGCCACCGGCCUAUCGACCGAGGACAUGUCCAAGGCCCAAGUCGGCAUCUCGAGCGUCUGGUACAAUGGCAACCCAUGUAACAUGCACUUACUCGACCUAAGCAACCGUGUACGAGCGGGCGUGCAGAAGACGGGUCUGAUAGGAUAUCAGUUCAAUACCAUUGGCGUCAGUGAUGGAAUCAGCAUGGGCACAAAGGGCAUGCGGUACAGUCUGCAGAGUCGAGACUUGAUUGCCGACUCCAUCGAGACGGUGAUGGGCGGACAGUGGUAUGAUGCCAACAUCAGCAUUCCAGGCUGUGAUAAGAAUAUGCCCGGUGUGAUCAUGGCGAUGGGCCGUGUGAACAGGCCGAGUUUGAUGGUCUAUGGCGGCACCAUCCGUCCCGGCUGUGCUGCGACGCAGAAUAACGCUGAUAUCGACAUCGUGUCUGCUUUCCAGGCAUACGGUCAAUUCUUAACUGGCGAGAUCUCAGAGGAACAGCGGUUCGAUAUCAUUCGACAUGCUUGUCCGGGCGGUGGUGCUUGCGGUGGAAUGUACACAGCCAACACUAUGGCAUCUGCGAUCGAGGUGAUGGGAAUGACACUGCCUGGCUCCUCGUCCAACCCAGCUGAGUCCAAGGCAAAGUACCUAGAAUGCGAAGCUGCUGGCGGUGCGAUCAGGAACUUGCUCGCGGAAGAUAUUAGGCCUUCCGACAUCCUCACGCGUCAGGCAUUUGAGAACGCCAUGGUCCUUGUCACAGUCACCGGCGGCUCGACCAACGCCGUUCUGCAUCUCAUCGCCAUUGCAGACUCCGUUGGAAUCAAGCUCACGAUCGACGACUUCCAGGCCGUCAGCGACCGUGUCCCCUUCCUUGCCGAUCUAAAACCAUCUGGCAAAUACGUCAUGGCCGACCUCCAUAAUAUCGGUGGGACACCAUCUCUCAUCAAAUUCCUGCUGAAAGAGGGCUUGAUUGACGGCUCUGGGAUGACGGUUACCGGCCAAACGCUGGCCAAGAACGUGGAGAAGUUCAAAGACUUCCCGUCUGACCAGGAGAUUAUUCGACCGCUCUCAAAUCCUAUCAAGAAGACGGGCCAUCUCCAGAUUCUUCGUGGAAGCCUUGCACCUGGAGGAAGCGUUGGCAAGAUCACAGGUAAAGAAGGCACCCGAUUUGUUGGAAAGUCUCGAGUUUAUGACGAUGAAGACGACUUUAUCGCGGCUUUGGAAAACAAUGAGAUCAAAAAGGACGAGAAGACCGUUGUUGUCAUACGAUAUACUGGCCCCAAAGGCGGUCCAGGAAUGCCCGAAAUGCUUAAGCCCUCUUCUGCCCUCAUGGGCGCUGGGCUAGGUGACUCUGUCGCCCUGAUCACUGAUGGACGGUUCAGCGGUGGCUCUCACGGCUUCCUGAUAGGCCACAUUGUCCCUGAAGCUGCUGUCGGAGGGCCCAUCGGUCUUGUCGAGAACGGCGACCAGAUCACCAUUGAUGCCGAGAACAGGGUGCUUGAUCUAGACGUUGCAGAGGACGUACUUGCUCAGCGACGGGAGAAGUGGCUAGAGCGAGAGCAGGCUGGUAAGGGACGGCCGACCGGGUUGACCAUGAGGGGAACUCUGGGUAAAUAUGCUAGGUCUGUCAAGGAUGCCAGCCAUGGCUGUAUAACGGAUGCCUUUUAA